AUGGAUGCUUUACCAUUGUCUGCUUUCCAUGCACAUGCUCUAGGGGCUUUAGCAGAGGUUGCUGGACCUGGCCUUAACUUUCAUCUUGGUACUGUACUUCCUCCUUUGCUGUCAGCAAUGGAUGAUGAUGACAAGAAUUCGAUCAUGAACCCUAAAAAUAUAGGAGGCCAGAUGGAUGAUACAGGGAGCAAUUUUACACAACUUGGAGAUAUUGACGAUGAUCCAACAGAUUACAUUGACUUUAGUGAUGAGAUUGAAUAUGACAUGCCUAAUGAAAUGGAAGAGGACAUUCAAAAUGACUUAAUUAAUAGUGUGUCAAAUGUCCUUCUGUCGACACCGACAAAGAAUAUUGAUAUUUCAAUUGAGGUUGGAAUGGAAUUUUCUGAAAGGAAAGAUGUAAUAGACUGGUACAAAGCAUUUGGUAUGACAAAAGGUUUUGGAAUUCGGGCACGUCAAACCAAGAAGAAUUACAUGAAGCUAACAUGUGCUAGAGAGGGUUAUCCAAUAUCGAAGACAAACAAUGUUGGUGAAGUAUGUGAAACCAAAUCAAGGAAUACAUCAUCAUCACGAAUAGGGUGUAAAGCUUGUUUCAAGGCUUCUACGAAUGGAGACACAAACAUGUGGAAAAUUAAAUAUUUUGACGACAACCAUAAUCAUGGUUUGGUUACUCCGAAGAGUGUUCCAUAUAUAAGAUCAUAUAGGCAAAUGCCUGGUGUUGCUAGAUCAUUAGUUGAAAAAUUCAAUGACUCGGGCUUGCCCAUUGGAAAGGUGGCCACCAUCCUUAGAGGCCCUGAUUUAUUGUUUGACAGUCGAGAUUGUUAUAAUCAUAUGAAAAAUGUAAGCAGGAAAAUAUAUGACGUUGGGGAUGCACAAGCCGUGGUACGUUAUUGUAAUAGACAACAAUCAAUGAAUCCAAAUUUCUUUUAUUCGAUUAAGUAUGACGAUGAGGAUCGUCUGGAAAGUUUUUUUUGCAUUGAUGCGAGGUCCAGACACUCAUAUGAUCUUUUUGGAGAUUUCAUCACUUUUGACAUGACAUAUAGGACUAACAAAUAUGCAUUGCCUUUUGGACCCUUUGUCGGUGUGAAUAACCAUUUGCAGUCAAUCUUGUUUGGUUGUGCUCUAUUAAAAGAUGAAACUGAAGAUACUUUUGUGUGGCUAUUUGAGGAAUGGCUACGAGCAAUGAAUGGAAAACAUCCAGGCGCAAUAAUUACUGACCAGUUGAACUUGCAGGACAAGAGAAGUUGUCAUGUGUACCAAGACCAUGGGUCUUUCAAGAAGGAAUUCAAUGAUUGUAUCUAUAAGUCCAACAGUAUUCAAGAAUUUGAAGACAAAUGGCAUCGUCUUAUUGUUGAGUAUCGUCUUAUUGGGAAUGAGUGGAUGCAUUCACUUUAUUCAAUUAGAUCAUCUUGGAUACCAAUAUUUAACCGUUCCACUUUUUUUGCCGGUAUGCACACUACUCAGCGCAGCGAAAGCAUCAAUGCAUUCUUCGAUGAUUUUGUUACAUCUGGCACUACAUUGAAUGAAUUUGUGGAGAAAUACAACCAAGCAGUAGAUGCUCGAUAUGAGUCAUUGAAAAAGGCAAAUUUUGAGUCCAUGCACAAAGAAAGACGCUUGCAAUUCAAUAUGCUAUUGGAGGAGCAUGCAGCAAAAGUGUAUACACGUGCAAUUUAUGUAAAGUUUGUUACUGAGCUCUCUCAUAUCCUAAGUUUCUCCAAUGACAAACUUACGACUGAUGGUGAAUGGGUUUCAUAUCGAAUACCAGAACACUUCAUUUUGCGACGUUGGCACAAGGAAGGAAAUGAUGUGUUAAGUAAAGAGAGAGAAAUGUGUUUGCUUAAUAGAGAUGGAUUGGUUCAUAGCCUUCACCUAAGCUCUAAAUGUAAUAGACUUAUUGAGCUUGCACAGAGGUCAGAUGAAGCAUUUCAAUUUAUUUAUGAUGGUCUUGAUUCUCUUGCUCUAUCUGCUGAAAAGUUUUCAACAUAUGAGGAGAGUAAUGGUAGGGAUACUAAUGUUCAGUGCUUGAAUUCUCAACUAGAAGAUUCUUCUAUGAUAAACUUGAAAGAUCCUAACAUUUCCCAGACGAAAGGCCGGAAAAGGAUCUGUAGCGGGAUUGAAGAAGCAUCAAAGCAAUCCAACUAUGCGGUUAUAGCUACUAAUAGAUUGUUAUAA